AUGUUCGCGAGGCCGUUUCUAGCCAGUCGACAUUCUCUACAAUGCUGCCACAAUGCCGCCCGUGCGUUCACCUCGUCGCCGUCGACGUCAAGCCCCCAACCCAAUCCUCCUAUUGAGCUGGAUCCCUCAAUGAGGUCCUUGCUGAAGGAUGUCGAUCUGUCACUUGUCAACCACAAAGUUCGGUAUCAGCAACCACGGGAACUAGAAACCAUCCCUUUGGAGGAAACCGGUCAAGAGAUAUCUGCUUCUUUUGAAGACUUUGAAGAGGAAAAGCGCGAGCGAAAGUCUCCCGCAGCACUUUUUGGCAGCCAACGGAUUGGUGCUGUUGUUCUUCCGCUGCAACUUCAGUCAGCAAUAGACCUCAUCAUUGCCAAUUCGGACAAGACUCAGCUACACAGUGACGCAAAACGAUUGUUUACUGACAACGACUCCGCGGAACAAGACGUAUGGGAAACACAAUAUGACACAAAAUACCGAUCAAGGUUGCAAGCCGCAAGACAUGCAGAACGCGAUGGGACUGCUUUUGCUUCUGUUGCUCUCCCCGCACACUAUUCAGCUAUCUUUUCUGUCUUUGACCACCUGAAGCGAAGGAUGGAACCUGGUUGGGGAAUUGAUAGGGUGAUCGACUGGGGAGCUGCAACAGGGAGCGGCUUAUGGGCAGCAUUAUACUCGUUUCAAAAGCACUCUCCUGCAGAGGACAUGCAACAUAUGGAGGCUGCAAACUCAACACUUGAAACGUAUCUUGGAAUUGAUAAGCGUGAGGGACUCGUUUCGAUUGGUAGACGACUUCAUAAAAAUGUUGCGGAAAUGGGAGAUCGAGUUGUGCAAUGGCAGAAGUCGUUCAAAAAUGACGAUAAAGUUCCACGUUCGGAGGGUCAGAAAACUUUAGCCCUGUCAGCAUUCAUGUUGACUUCUCAGCCCACACCACUGGCGCGAAAGGCUAUCGUGAUGGAGAUGUGGGAAAGUGGAGCGCAUACCAUAGUUCUUAUCGACCACAACACACCAGCAGGCUUUGGUGCGAUUGCAGAAGCUAGAGAAUUACUCCUCAGCAUGGGUAGGAAAGAGUUUGAAGACCCAGAAGCCGAGGCUUGGCCCGUCAGAGGGGCGCAUGUCGUGGCUCCUUGCCCUCAUGAUCGCACCUGCCCCCUACUUGGCCCUGGACGCGUUCGUCUUACCUGCGGCUUCACUCAGCGAAUCCAACGGCCCUCGUUUUUGCGCCUUACGAAACACUCUGGUGUUGGACACGAGGAUAUUGAAUAUUCGUACGUCGUAAUUAAGCGAGGGCCUAGGCCAAUAUCUGCAACGACAAGUGUCGGAAGGGUAGGUGACGUGGGAAGGCGAGCUGCAGAGAAGGCGGAAAUGACGCCAACGGAGCUACUCCUUCAUGAAGAGGAGCCCAACACACCGGAAGACGCUGCGCAAUCCCCUUUAGAAUUGAUCGCAAACGACGACCGUAGGAUUGGCUUCGAAGAAAAACAAGGGGACCAACAACCACCUGCGGACCUUGAGGCGACCUUGCGACAUGAAGCCUACCAGUGGCCACGUCUUGUGUUCCCACCGAUGAAAAAAAGUGGGCAUAUUAUACUCGACAGCUGCACCGCUGAAGGGAAAAUUAUGCGCAUGACGAUUCCGAAAUCUCAGGGAAAGCAAGCUUACUAUGAUGCUCGCAAGUCUACCUGGGGUGAUAUCUUCCCCCACCCACCGAAAAAUCCACCUCAAGAACGCUUGUUAAACUCUCGCAAAGGUAGUGACAUUGGCAAACGGAAAAAUUCUUUCAAAUCUCGAGACCGCCCAACUUACGAUGGAUUGUCCGAAACAAUCAGAGAACAGCGUAAGAAAUCGAGGCAGGGAUACUCUCGCGUUCGAGAAGAACAAUCGACGUGGCGGGAGGAUUCGGAGUAA